AUGGAUCUAAGCGGGUUGGCUCACGGCGGGCAAACCCCGCAUGAUUACAUAAUCGCAUUUCCCUUCGAUCUUACCUCUACUUUCAACAUCUUGGCCAAACGAUUGUAUUUAAGAGCUGGCAGCAAGUCCGUUAUGGAUAUUGAUAAGGAAAUAUCCGUCAACAGCUUAAUAAGAGAGUACUUGGUAUUUGCCAAUUACUCAAAGACAAUUGAUAUAUUUGAUGCAGAAUGCGGAGACAAAGGACGGCCGGUUGAUGCAUCAGAUGGGGGUGGGGUGGAAUCAACAUUGGAGGAGGCAGAGAAUCGCUUUUUGAUAUCAUUCCGAAAUGGGGAUCGUGCAGCAUUCUUUGCGCUGUGGGACGACCAGUUUCCAUCCUCUGUCCGCGCAUCUGACCCGCUAUAUCAAAAGUUGGAGUUUCUGUUGAGCGUAUAUUUCGCAGUGUUCCCCAUACAUCCGGGGGUAAGCGCUACCGCUGCCAAGCAUCACUCGCUCCCAGUAACGAUGGACACUUUCAAACAAUUCUUGGAGACUCGUGGUGCAGAGCUCUGUAAAACGACCCAGUUUCUUUCUUACUACGCCCUGCCAUAUGUUCCGGACCCUCGAAUGCAUCCUUCUUUCAAAGACAUUUUUGAGCAUGCUUGGGUGGCGGAUCUGGAGGAGAGAUUGAAGCAGUUCUUGAGAAGUGCGCUGCGAGGUAGCAUUAGACCCAGAUUAGUAAAAGUUGUCGAAGAGUCCCAUGAUUCGGGGAAAACAUUUCAUGAACAAUCUCAAGAGGCCCAAGCUAUCCGUAAGCAGCUAGGCGACCUUGAAGAACGUGAGUUUGCAUUGUCUUCCAAGCAUCGAACCCUUCAGAACGACUACCAUAACCUGAUUACUAUCGCAUCAGAACUGGUUCAAACACUAACUGCGUGCAUCAACGGACAAAAGAUAACUCCAGCCUAUCUGUCAGGGGUUUGCCAGCGACUGGCAUCAUUUAAGCAAAACCAAGGAAAAGCUUCUGAUGGACAGAAGGAUGCACGCAAGAUAUCGCCGCAAGCGCAAUCAUCCACAAGCACAAUCAACAACCACGCUGCAUUGGCCGCCGAACCCAAGCCUAGCGAGCACCAACCGAGGACUACUGUGGAGCCGGAAAUUCCAUUGGAGCAGUACCUAGAUUACAAUGCUAUCGCGAGGGAUCUUACGCCGACUACAGACCCUAGAGUACACAAGCAGCAAGCGUUUCUGCUGCAAGCCCUACGACUGCACGUUACAAAAUCUCAAUCAAUCGCUAACCGACGAACUAUCCUCAUGACCUACACUGCGAACGAUUUCUUCCAAGUUGCUGCUGGAAAGUCUUUUAUCUUGGACCUGUUUGACCAUCCCUCGCAACUAGUACAGGACCAAACCGCAAGACUGAUCAAUAUCCUUGCAUCAGAUUGUUCUGGCCGAGAAUAUCUGUCAAGAAACUCUCACUUGGUUCCCAAACUGGUUGAAUGCAUGAAAGCUGAGGAAAUUGAUUCGGUGUUUAGGCAGAAUGUGCUGGGGAUAUUACAAAAAUUGAGCUUGAGACGAGUGGCCCAAUCCGCAAUGAACUCAGUCAUGGUCAUUCCUUAUCUUCUUGAACUGUUGCAAGAUCUUGACGGUUUAUCCGAGUACACAAUUCAGUAUGGUACAGCCUUGUUGAUGAACCUUUGUCUUCGGACUGCGGGAAAAAGACAGUGCGCAACCAAUCCGGAGCGGACCUUGAAGAUGUUGACGGCAUUAAUGGAUCAUGAUAACUUGCAGGUCAAAACCUAUGUGAACGGGACGCUCUAUAGCUUGUUUACGGAGCCAAGUAUACGGGAUGCUGCUCGCGCGAUGGGUAUGGAAGAUAUGCUGCAGUACCUGAGAAGUUCGUCGGACGAGCAACUGGUCCGACAGAUAGAUUUCGUAACAGAGCAGUUGAACUCGGAGGAGGUUCCGGACAACUCCGAUACUGUAUCGGAAGAUGGCGAAGAAGAGGACUUUGAAGAUGAUGAAGAGGAUAUACCGGAAGAAGACGAUACAGACGAUCUACCUCCACCCACACCAAGCAAUCCCACGGGCACAUCUCUCCUUCUCAAAUACAAACUAGCUACUCCACGCCCAAUAACAACUCGUCCCUAUGAUUCCCUCCCUCAUCAUCCUCUGAGUCACCCCUCCUCCCUCAACCUUACCCCGCACGACCUUCUCCGUCCACGCACACCCUCUCGCCCCGGAACACCAACAGUGUAUAAAUCGAUGACCUCACUUCCUCUCCAGCGCGCUCCCGCUGCCCUAAGAGAAGACGGCGGAGCCAAGGGAUUAGUUGGCAGUGGUUCAACGUCGCAUCUGCGCCAAUCGACAAAUUCGGUGACUGGUAGUUCUAAUAAACUCAAUAAGGCGCGAGGAUCCAAAGAUAAAUCGCGAGAUCUGAGGCAUCCCAUAACAGUGGAAGAACAACAAGAGAUCGAUUUGGCCUUCUCCACCCGGCCCAAACUUCCGCGUACUCCACUUCCGGGAGCGAGCUCAUCACGAAACUUUAGCGUAACAGCUUCCCUAUCCGCGUUAUCAGACGACGUGCAUCAGAGUGCCAACUAUCGCAGAAUGAACGUGGAUGGAGGAGUGAGAAGCUCAUAUGAUGAUGUCCGUGCAACUAGUAGAUUAUCUCAAACUUCUGGUAGAUGA